AUGGCGGCGAGCGGCAACCUUGCUCCGGCCACGCUCCACGUGGAUAGACGACAUCGUGCCGCCAGCAACGCUGAGACAAUUCAGUCUGCCGUCUCGAACCCUUUUCUCACACCGACCACUGCCAGCCUCGAGGUGUCAGAGACACCGCUGCGGCCAGACCCCGGCACUGAAGGUGACUUCCUUGUCGAAAACAACCCCUUUGCCUUCUCGCCGGGGCAGCUGAACAAGCUGCUCAACCCCAAGUCUCUCCCCGCAUUUCGAGCCCUCGGCGGCCUCCGUGGCAUUGCCUGCGGCCUUCAGACGGACGUCAACGCUGGCCUGAGCGUAGACGAGACAUCCGCCCCAGCGCGCGUCUCUUUCGAUGAGGCUGUGAAGCUUUCAUCGGAGACUGCGCCAACAAAGUCACCACAGCCAACUUCUGUCACUUCUGAGGCCUUUGCGGAUCGUGUCCGCGUCUACAAGCGCAAUGUGCUGCCUGCGAAGAAGGCUACGCCGUUAUGGAAGCUCAUGUGGAAUGCGUACAACGACAAGGUGCUGAUUCUGCUUACGGUCGCUGCCGUCAUCUCCUUGGCGCUGGGGCUUUACGAGACGUUCGGCGUUGACCACCCGCCAGGCUCACCAACCCCAGUAGACUGGGUCGAGGGCGUUGCCAUCUGCGUAGCCAUCAUCAUCGUCACCGGUGUUGGCUCCCUCAAUGACUGGCAGAAAGAGCGGGCUUUCGUCAAACUCAACGCUAAGAAAGAAGAUCGUGAAAUUAAGGUCAUCCGGUCCGGAAAAUCCUUCAUGAUCAAUGUCCACGACAUCCUGGUUGGAGAUGUCCUCCGCCUGGAGCCUGGUGACUUGGUACCUGUCGAUGGUAUCUUUAUCGACGGCCACGACCUCAAGUGCGACGAGUCCUCUGCAACUGGAGAGUCCGAUGCGCUCAAGAAGACCAGCGGUGAUCAUGUCAUGAAAAUGUUAGAGUCAGGCCAAAGUACCAAGGACCUCGACCCGUUCAUCAUUUCAGGGUCAAAGGUCCUCGAAGGCAUGGGUACCUUCAUCUGCACCUCAGUCGGAGUCAAUAGCAGCUUUGGCAAGAUUAUGAUGUCUGUUCGUACCGAGGUUGAAGCCACUCCACUCCAGAAGAAGCUUGAAGGUCUUGCCCUCGCCAUCGCCAAGCUUGGUAGCACUGCAGCUGCUCUGCUGUUCUUUGUACUGCUCUUCCGAUUUCUUGCUGGCUUGUCUGGGGACACUCGUCCGCCAGCGGAGAAGGCAUCUUCGUUCAUGGAUAUUCUUAUCGUUGCCAUCACCAUCAUCGUUGUGGCAGUGCCCGAAGGCUUACCACUUGCCGUAACGCUUGCCCUCGCAUUCGCAACCACGAGGCUGCUCAAGGAGAACAACCUGGUCCGAGUUCUUCGUGCGUGCGAGACUAUGGGUAACGCAACCACCAUUUGUUCCGACAAGACGGGCACCUUGACAACAAACAAAAUGACUGUCGUUGCUGGCACCUUCGGGACCUCAGGUUUCGCCAUGUCGGAGACAGAGAAACCUUCCAAGCAAACAAUGUCCCAGUGGGCGGCGGGUCUUACGAACGCCACUAAAGAAGCCAUUGUGCAGUCGGUUGCCAUAAACUCCACCGCAUUCGAAAGUAGCGAGGAUGGGCAGGCCGUCUUCAUCGGAUCAAAGACGGAGACAGCCUUGCUCCAGCUUGCCAAGGAUCACCUCGGUCUGCACUCACUGGCAGAGACCCGCGCCAACGAGCAAGUCCUACAGAUGAUGCCGUUCGAUUCGGGGAAGAAAUGCAUGGGCGCCGUUAUCAAGCUUCGCUCCGGCACCGGAUACCGCCUCCUGGUCAAGGGGGCUUCCGAGAUCCUCCUUGGCUACUGCUCUACGAAAGCUGAUCUCCAGACUUUGACGGAGGAGCCGCUCACAUCCACCAACCGGGACUCGCUUCGAUCGACCAUAGAUAAAUAUGCCAGCAAAUCCCUUCGAACCAUUGGCCUUGUCUACAAAGACUUCGAACAGUGGCCACCCUCGCAUGCAGAGGCUACCGACGGACACAUUGAAUUCGCGUCGCUUCUUCGGGACCUCGUUUUCCUCGGAGUUGUCGGCAUCCAGGACCCAGUUCGCCCUGGCGUCCCCGAAGCAGUCCGCAAGGCUCAGCAUGCUGGCGUCACCGUCCGUAUGGUCACUGGAGACAACAUCAUUACGGCUCAAGCCAUUGCGACUGAGUGCGGUAUCUAUGCUGAAGGCGGAAUUGUCAUGGAAGGACCUGUGUUCCGAACACUUUCCGAGCAGGAGAUGAACGCAACUCUCCCCAAGCUGCAAGUCCUUGCUCGUUCGUCGCCAGAAGAUAAGAGAAUUUUGGUGACAAAGCUGAAGGCCCUUAGUGAGACCGUCGCUGUGACUGGAGAUGGCACUAAUGAUGCUCCCGCUCUUAAGGCUGCUGAUGUCGGCUUCUCUAUGGGCAUAUCUGGCACCGAGGUUGCUAAGGAGGCAUCCGCUAUCGUGCUGAUGGACGACAACUUUACGUCCAUUGUGACUGCGCUCAAAUGGGGCCGGGCUGUUAAUGACGCUGUUCAGAAAUUCCUACAGUUCCAAAUCACCGUCAACAUCACCGCAGUUCUAUUGGCUUUUAUCACUGCAGUUUAUGAUGAGAACAUGGAGUCUGUUCUCAAGGCCGUACAGCUUCUAUGGGUGAACCUCAUCAUGGACACGUUUGCUGCAUUGGCCCUUGCGACCGACCCACCAACCGAGAAGAUCCUUGACCGAUCUCCUCAAGGGAAAAAGGUCCCCAUAAUUACGACAAAUAUGUGGAAGAUGAUCAUAGGCCAGGCUGUAUACCAACUCGCUGUCACCCUUGUCCUCUACUUUGCUGGUCCUGAGAUUCUCGGCUACGAUCGGCAAGACGAGACUCAGAUGCUCGAGCUCGACACCAUUAUCUUCAAUACCUUUGUCUGGAUGCAAAUCUUUAACGAGUUCAACAACCGUCGCCUGGAUAACAAGUUCAACAUCCUCGAGGGCAUUCACCGCAACCAGUUCUUCAUCUUCAUCAACUGUCUGAUGAUCGGUCUCCAGGUGGCAAUUAUCUUCGUCGGCUCGCGGGCGUUCGAAAUCAAGCCUGGGGGCCUCAAUGGCGACCAGUGGGCCAUCUCAUUGGUUACUGCCUCAAUGUGUCUGCCCUGGGCUAUCGUCGUCCGCCUCUUUCCCGACACGUGGUUCGCCGCUAUUGCGCGCAUCGGCGCGAAACCGUUCAUGAUUGUGGACAUGUUCCUUUCAAAUACGUGGUCCAAGAUCAUUGGCAUGUUCAAGAAGAUUCCGCAGCAAGAUGCGUAA